GUCACAUGAGCCGCGCGUCCGCUCCGCUCCCCCUCCUCCCCGGCUGGGCUGUGUGAAUGAAGCUCUGCCGGCUACGUGGGGCUCUAGCUCAACUUAGUGCCCUGGACGCCGGAACCGACCGAGCGCGCUGCCCACCGGCGGCGGACACGGGCUCCGCCGCUCCUGACCUCGGCGACAGAGCAAAUCAGUCGCCUGGAUUUCUAAGUGAGGUUGUACGUGUACCUUGUGAUAACGUCAGUGGAAGCUGCCCCGAGUAAGUGAGGGAAAUCCAGAAGUUUGGGGCAUAAAAAGCCAGUAAGAAUCCGCUUUACGUUAACUUCAUACCUUUAUUAGCAACUACUCGGGUUUAACUUCAGAGGUGUUAAAUUUCUCUUUGUCCCACGCGGCGCGGAUCAGUACUUCUUAACUGCACGCGAAAUGGAAGGAAAAAAGGCAAACCCAAACAAACUGUCCCAGGUUCCAGAUAAGUCACUGGAGAACGUUUUCCCAGUGAAUUCAUCUUGGGAGUUUGUUUGGGGCUUUAGCGUCUUGCAGAAAGUGGGACCACAUUGCUGCCUUUCCAUCUACACCACAUUCAAGUCUACCUACAAAACUGGGAGCUCUGGGAAGCCCUGAGCCUGUGACCCUAGCGUGGGAGAUAGGAUCAAGAUGGCCAUGUGGCAGGGAGCCAUGGAUAACAGAGGCUUUCGGCAGGGGAGUUUUAGUAGCUUCCGGAGCAGCUCCAGUGAUGAAGACUUGAUGGACAUACCAGCGACAGCUAUGGAUUUCUCCAUGAGAGAUGAUGUUCCUCCCUUAGACCGAGAAGUAGAAGAGAACAAGUCAUACAAUGGUGGAGGAAUAGGUUCUUCAAAUAGGAUCAUGGACUUCUUGGAGGAGCCAAUCCCUGGUGUAGGGACCUAUGAUGACUUCAAUACAAUUGAUUGGGUGAGAGAGAAAUCUCGAGACCGGGAUAGGCACCGAGAGAUUACCAAUAAAAGCAAAGAGUCAACAUGGGCCUUAAUUCACAGUGUGAGUGAUGCUUUUUCUGGCUGGUUGUUGAUGCUCCUUAUUGGGCUUUUAUCAGGUUCCUUAGCUGGUUUGAUAGACAUCUCUGCUCAUUGGAUGACGGACUUAAAAGAAGGUAUAUGCACAGGAGGAUUCUGGUUUAACCAUGAACAUUGUUGCUGGAACUCUGAUCAUGUCACCUUUGAAGACAGAGACAAAUGCCCAGAGUGGAAUAGUUGGUCACAGCUUAUCAUCAGCACUGAUGAGGGAGCCUUUGCCUACAUAGUCAAUUAUUUCAUGUACGUCCUCUGGGCUCUCCUAUUUGCCUUCCUUGCUGUAUCUCUUGUCAAGGUGUUUGCACCUUAUGCCUGUGGCUCUGGAAUCCCUGAGAUAAAAACUAUCUUGAGUGGUUUCAUUAUUAGGGGCUAUUUGGGUAAGUGGACCCUGGUUAUCAAAACCAUCACCUUGGUGCUGGCAGUGUCAUCAGGCUUGAGCCUGGGCAAAGAGGGCCCCCUAGUGCAUGUGGCUUGCUGCUGUGGGAACAUCUUGUGCCAUUGCUUCAACAAAUACAGGAAGAAUGAAGCCAAGCGCCGAGAGGUCUUGUCGGCUGCAGCAGCAGCUGGUGUAUCUGUUGCCUUUGGGGCACCUAUUGGUGGAGUACUAUUCAGCCUGGAAGAGGUCAGCUACUAUUUCCCCCUCAAAACGUUGUGGCGUUCAUUCUUUGCUGCCUUGGUGGCAGCAUUUACUCUCCGCUCCAUCAAUCCAUUUGGGAACAGUCGCCUGGUUCUGUUUUAUGUGGAGUUUCACACUCCCUGGCAUCUCUUUGAGCUUGUGCCAUUCAUUCUGCUGGGCAUAUUUGGUGGUCUGUGGGGAGCUCUGUUUAUCCGCACAAACAUUGCCUGGUGUCGGAAACGUAAGACAACCCAGUUGGGCAAGUAUCCUGUCAUAGAGGUACUCGUCGUGACAGCCAUCACUGCCAUCCUGGCUUUCCCCAAUGAAUACACCCGCAUGAGCACAAGUGAGCUCAUUUCAGAGCUGUUCAAUGACUGUGGACUUCUGGAUUCCUCCAAGCUCUGCGAUUAUAAGAACCGCUUCAAUACAAGCAAGGGGGGUGAACUGCCUGACAGACCGGCUGGCGUGGGAGUCUACAGUGCAAUGUGGCAGCUGGCUUUGACUCUCAUACUGAAAAUCGUCAUUACUAUAUUCACCUUUGGCAUGAAGAUCCCUUCUGGCCUCUUUAUCCCUAGUAUGGCUGUUGGUGCUAUUGCAGGUCGACUUUUAGGAGUAGGAAUGGAACAACUGGCUUAUUACCACCAAGACUGGACCAUCUUCAAUAGUUGGUGUAGUCAGGGAGCUGACUGCAUCACCCCGGGCCUUUAUGCGAUGGUUGGGGCUGCAGCCUGCUUAGGUGGGGUGACUCGGAUGACUGUUUCUCUUGUUGUCAUAAUGUUUGAACUGACUGGUGGCUUGGAAUACAUUGUGCCUCUGAUGGCUGCAGCCAUGACAAGCAAGUGGGUGGCAGAUGCUCUUGGGCGGGAGGGCAUCUAUGAUGCCCACAUCCGUCUCAACGGAUACCCCUUUCUUGAAGCCAAAGAAGAGUUUGCUCAUAAGACCCUAGCAAUGGAUGUGAUGAAACCCCGGAGAAAUGAUCCUUUGUUGACUGUCCUUACUCAGGACAGUAUGACUGUGGAAGAUGUAGAGACCAUAAUCAGUGAAACCACUUAUAGUGGGUUCCCAGUGGUGGUGUCUCGGGAGUCCCAAAGACUUGUGGGCUUUGUCCUCCGAAGAGAUCUCAUUAUUUCAAUUGAAAAUGCUCGAAAGAAACAGGAUGGUGUUGUGAGCACUUCCAUCAUUUAUUUCACUGAGCAUUCUCCUCCAGUGCCACCGUACACUCCACCUACCCUGAAGCUUCGGAACAUCCUGGAUCUUAGCCCCUUCACUGUGACGGACCUUACACCCAUGGAGAUUGUGGUGGAUAUCUUCCGCAAGCUGGGACUGCGGCAGUGUCUGGUUACACACAACGGGCGAUUGCUUGGAAUCAUUACCAAAAAGGAUGUGUUAAAGCAUAUAGCACAGAUGGCGAACCAAGAUCCUGAUUCCAUUCUUUUCAACUAGAAUCAUCGGUUUGUUCUGGAUAUAAAACAGAAGGGACAUUGAAGACCAUGGAUAUAUUUUAUUAACUGGGUACCCAAACACAUUUCCCAUAUUUGGAUGGUGAAGUCAUAUUAUGUGUUGUGUCUUUCCUCCCAGUUAACCAGUUGCACUACAUAAUCUCUGGAAAUUAAUCAUCUCUUUAGGAGAAAAUACAGUUGGGCUUCUGUGAUAUUGCAUUGGGGAGAUUUCAUGAAAGUGUAAACAAGAUUGCUAUGGUUUAAUCCUAUUUGUUUUUUUAAGUUUUUUUUUUAAUUUAGAAAAUAAUUGUUAGCCAAUAUGCAAUCACUGAAAACUAUGCAAGAAAAAUUCCAAUCGUUCUGACCUAAAGCCUGUAGGAAAUUCAUGAAAAAUUCACUUUUUUGGGAUUUAACUGUCGUUGAUGGAAGAUGAAGUGCAAACUAGGGGGCUUUGCUUUUCAAACUACAGAAAGGAAAGCCAGAAGGAAAAUGGUAAUGGUAUUUUCUAGACUGUGAAGGUUCGGUUCAAAUGUUAUUCUUGUUCCUGUUGUAAUAUUUAGCAUUAUUAGUUUGUUAUGUGUAUAUGUAUAUGUUAAUUUUAAUUUCUGGUUAUAAGACAAUGCUGCUUUGGUUAAUCUCCUCUAAACGAAUUUAGAGAGGUUAACUUUUAUAGCUUGCUUGUUCCUGGUACUCUUUUGAAGUGCACAAAGAUAAGUUAUAGAGCUUUCUCCUUGUCUGCAAAAAGGGUAAUUUUCCAGAUGGUAUUUGUUAGCUAGUAGACAAGGACCAUGCCAUGAAUUUGUUAGUAGCAAGGAAUGAUUUCUUCCAGCUUCCUUGAAGUGAAUGAUUAGUAAAGCAAAGUCAAUGACUAGGAAUUUCACAUUUUUGUGAGGUCCUAACUAAUCCUCUUACCCAGAUGCCACCUCCAUGAAUGAUGGUGCUUUAGGCUUCUGGAAUAUGUAAGAAUGGUAAAGGGAACCAAGCGUAGACUGCAUACUGGUAAACCAGGGAAGAUUCAGAGCUGCAUCUGCAUCCUCAUGCAUUCCUUUGUAAAGACCACGAGUGCUGGAAUAACCAAACACUCACGCCUCCUCCCAGCGUUAACUGCGCAGAACAGGCCAGUGUUGUCUCCAUGAGCGUGGGAUACUUUCAAAUGUACUCAAGGUGUUGGAACGGGAUAGGCAGCUGUGACUCCCUUGAGGGUCCUUAGAAUUCUAAAUAAAAUGCAGAGCCAUCCUAAGCCCUAGGGGUAUGGAUAAGGCCUGGUGACACCAAAGGUGCUUGUAUCCAAUUGAAAAGGUGCCUGUCUUAAUUUCCUACCACCUUUA